CUCAUUAACUCUGGUGAUAUGACACAGUCUGUCAUGGUGGCCACUACUGUGAAUCCCAAAAUAUUUGGAGGUAACCUAUUCCUCAACUCAACGCCAGCGAUGAAAUUUUAUUUCGACCCUGACCUUCAAGCUAUCGCUGAGUUCAUAGCCAGCUUAGAAGGCCCAGUAGGAGAAGGUUUUCCCUGCAUUGAUACCGAAGAAGGGAUAAAAAAGAAGGAAGUUGUCUCAAUAGGAGAGCUAAACAAGUUCAUUUCCAAUUCUGACGAGCAUACACAUGAAGCUGAUUUUAUUCGUAAGGCUCGGGUUGUUGAGUUCCUGCAACAAAAUGGGUGGUCUUUUGUCUAUUGCACUGGUUGUAGCAUGAAGCUUGACAAAAUUGGAACUUCUCUCCGUUGCAAUCGUUGUGUUAAUCCCAACGUCACCGGAGUUAUAAAGGAGAUGCUUAAAGUGACUAAGAAAGAUGCAGCUGGUCUGACUCUAUAUGAGAUAAGUGGUGGUGGCAGCAAGGAACUCCCACAAUGCCUUACAGACCUCGCCGGAAAAGAUUUUGUAUUCCAGAUACGUGUGACACCGUUCAAUUUUACCCCAAGCCACCGUACAUUCACUGUUUCUGCAACCCUUGACAACAUCACUCCAGAGACUUUCAAGACCAGUGAAGAUCAGUUUGUUCAAGUGGAAGGUGGUGAAGCAUCGGCAUCUGCCAGCAACAAGAUUAGGGGUGAAGACAAUGAGCCAAAUCCAUCCACUCCUGGGGGCAAAGAGAGUGGCCGUAAACGUCCAAGAGCUGUCACACCGUCAACCCAACUCUGCUUUCGUUUAAUACAUUUUCUUUGCGUACUAUGUAUGCAUAUCCUAUUUUAGACUUUGCAACUAUUUUCCUAUUUGGACGGUUUCGUUUAAUUAAGAUCCUUAUGAUUUUAAUAAUUAACAAAAGGGGUUGACGUACUAUUUAU